AGUAGUAGGCAGUGUCCACUUGGUGUCCACGGUCAUAUAAAGCGUCGCCGGGUGGCAUUAUAAGUAUCAAGGGUUCGACUUCUCGAGCAUCAGUUCUAGCCUGCACGGAUAUGACCUUUACGUCCGACUCACCAGGGUUUUGGCCAAUAGUCGGAUAUAGUGACCUUCACUUUAGGUUUAGUGUUGCUUCUACAGCGAUCAUCUUCUACGACUAUGGUAUUUCUUUCACUCGUGAAGUGGAACUGAUAUGGUGCCAAGGUUGGAGGCCAACGACAGUCCCAUAUAUCAUUGUUCGUUAUUUGGGUCUUGCACUCGCAAUAGUUCAAAUAUGAGCACGUUCCACCAGCUACUAACUUGCCGCAGUCCAUUAGCUCAUGUCAAUUUUAGGUGUGGCAUUGUUGGCCGAAUCUGGUCAUGGGGAAUGGCCGCCCUCGCGUGCACGAUGUAUGCGAUCAUGGCAAUCCGUGUUUUCGCCAUGUAUCAUCGAUCAUUGAAGAUACGAAUAUUUAUUGUCGUCUGUUUCCUGGCCGCUAGCGCUUCCCGAGGAAUAAUGGACGGUCUGGCAUUUGAUUUUGCAAGAGGCUCGAUACCUGUAGAAUACGUACUUUCCGGAACAAGAGUCUGCACCAUGUCCAUGGCUCCCGUGGUGCCCUUUCUUGAUGGUAUUCCAAGUAUACGCAUCGAGCUUCUGUUUCUCCUUCUCGCCGCACGGGUCCUCGUGGAACAUACCCGUGAGAUGCAGGGCAUACGUCCAGACCGUAUAUUUGGUGAUGGUGUUGGCGAUAGUCUUGCCAUCAUGAGGGACCAUGUACUGCAUUUUUCGUGCUAUCUCAUUUUGAGCGUCAUGCAGGUUGCUGCUAUAUCCACGAAUGGUGAUACCGACGGGGGCCAGUGGUAUAGAAGCAUUGCAGUAUUCUUCGUCACCAUCCAACAAUGUGUUUUGGUUCCCCGACUGGUCAUCACUAUGCGGGAAUAUUUCUCUCAGUUCGAUUAUGCGCUAGAUAGUGCCGCAGACUUCAGCGUCAUGGCAUUCGCACAUAACCCUGAGUAA